GGAUGUACCAUGGCAACGCUUUACGGUCGCCUAUGAUGGCGAGAGACUUGCAGACGAGCACAAGCCCUGGAUGGAUGGCGAAUACGAAGUCUGGUUCCGCGACCCACGUGAAGUUGCGCGUAAUAUGCUCGCAAAUUCGACUUAUGCUAACGAGAUGGAUUACUGCCCGUAUAGGGAGUAUUCAACUGAGGGCGACAAGCGCCAAUGGAAGGAUUUCAUGUCUGGUGACUGGGUGUGGGAUCAAGCAGACGAAAUCGCGAAAGACCCGAGCACUCUCGGGUCGACAUUUGUCCCUGUCAUCCUUGGCAGCGACAAAACGACAGUUUCAGUCGGAACGGGUAACAACGAGUACUACCCGCUCUAUGCUUCCAUUGGGAACAUCCACAAUAAUGUUCGAAGAGCGCAUCGCGAUGGUGUGGCCGUCAUUGGGUUCCUGGCAAUGCCGAAAACUACGCAGGAACAUGCUGAAGAACCUUCGUUCCGAAGAUUUCGUCGACAGUUAUUCCAUUCGUCCCUUUCCAAAAUUCUCGAUCCGCUCAAGCCGGGCAUGACGACUCCUGAAGUAACGCGUUUCGGAGAUGGCCACUACCGGCAUGUCAUAUAUGGACUAGGGCCUUACAUAGCGGAUUAUGAGGAGCAAGUUUUAUUAGCGUGCAUUGUCCGUAAUUGGUGUCCAAAGUGUGUUGCAAAUCGUGAAGAUCUCGACGAAGAUGCGCUGCCCCGUAGCCGCGAAUAUACAGAGGCACUCGUCGAAGAAGCUCCCUCGGGAGAUCUUUGGGAAGACUUCGGAAUAGUCGCGCAACUUGUGCCAUUCACAAACGACUUUCCCCGAGCCGAUAUCCAUCAAAUGAUAUCACCAGAUAUCCUCCAUCAACUUAUAAAAGGCGCCUUCAAGGAUCACCUCGUGACGUGGGUCGAGAAGUACCUCCGGCGCGGAUUCAAGCAGUGGACAGGAGAUGACUCCAAGGCCUUGAUGAAAGUCUAUUUACCUGCUAUCGAGGGCCAUGUACCUCAAGACGUCGUUCGCACCUUUCGUGCGCUUCUAGAUUUUUGUUAUCUAGUACGUCGCAAUAUCAUCACCGAAGACUCUCUACUUCAAAUCGAAGAUGCGCUCUCUCGUUUUCACCGUUACCGCGAAAUCUUCAGGACAACGGGUGUCGUCCUUCACUUCUCCUUACCUCGUCAACACUCGCUCAUGCACUAUGUUCGAAACAUUCGACUCUUUGCUGCACCCAAUGGUCUCUGCUCGUCAAUCACCGAGAACAAGCACAUCAAAGCGGUCAAGGAGCCCUGGCGACGAUCGAGCCGUUUCAAUGCGCUUGGUCAGAUAUUACUGACCAAUCAACGGCUCGACAAACUUUCAGCACUGCGAGUCGACUUCACGCGUCGGGGGAUGCUCACUGGCACUUGUCUCUCAGCAGUCAAUGCCUUAGUUCCUGCGCAGAUCGACCAAGUUGAUGAAGAUGGCGGGGCGGCAGCACUCGCACCUGCUCAAGCAGCAGCAGCAGCAGCAGAUAUGCAUGUGCCUGCUCCUGCUGCACCACCUCCACCUCCCUUGAUCAAUAUUGAUGUGGACCUCGACAUAGACGACGGGCCCACUGUUCUACAAGCGUUCGUAACGCUGGCAAAAACCUGCCAGGGCAAAAAUCGCGCUCAAACCAUUCCUGAACUCGCCGAGGAACUUGAUAUUCCUCACCUAUCUGACCUUCUCAGACGCUUCUUAUUUCAACAGAUGCAUCCUGAUGACCCCCGCGAUCCGUCCAAUGUACCUCUUUCUGAAUGCCCCCUCUAUCUCAGCAAAAUUGCAGUCUUCAACUCGGCAUCAUCGCGGUUUUAUGCGCCGAGCGAUUUGAGUGGUAUUGGUGGCAUGCGCACUGAACACAUCCGCUCUUGUCCCUCCUGGCGAGGUGGGCAUUCACGCAACGACUGUGUCUUUGUCAACACAGACUCUAGUCUACCUGGCAUGCAAGGUCUCGAAGUCGCGCACGUUUGCGCAUUUUUUUCAUUCCAGUACCGGGGCGAAGUUUAUCCCUGCGUUGUGGUUCGCUGGUUCGACAAAAUCGGCGAUGCUGCAGACGAAGACACGGGAAUGUGGAUGGUUCGUCCAGGAGAGGGUGCAAACAAUACUGCUGGGUACGCAAUCAUUCAUAUUGACGCCAUUUAUCGCGCUGCCCAUCUUAUUCCCGUGUACGGCACGGAAUUCCUGCCUCCAGAGCUCAAAUUUUAUCAUUCCUAUGAUGCAUUCCGCGCCUACUACGUCAAUAAAUACGCUGACCAUCACGCCUUUGAGAUUGCAUUUUGAUCUAGCUACUUGUACACUAUUUGAAUCUAUAAUACUCUUUUCUCUCUUAAUAUGCAUUUUCUCUCCUU